AUGGACAUCAAGGACGUGGGCAAGGUUCUUCGCUGGAUGGGCUACUCCGCCAACUUUGACGUCCAGUUGAUGUUGACUCGAGAGGUGGACGUGGACGAAUCGGGCACGUUGGAUUCCGUGGAGCUGCGGAAGUUGGUGCGGAAGUUCCAGGAGAAGGAGCUGACGGCCUGGACUUUGGCUUUUCACCGUGCACUGAAGCCCGGUGAAAGGUUCCUUGAAGUAGAGGCCUGUGUGCAAACCCUGCGGAGUUUGGGCAUCAAGGCCACUGCGGAACAGGUGGAAGAGGCCCGCGAAGCCGUCGCGACCAGCUUCCCGGCCAAGCAACGUCGCUUCAGUACCGUGGUUCAUGUCCCCAAUCUGGCAGCGUUCGCAAGAAUGCAGCACCAGAGCAUCCUCUUGAAGCCUGGGAAGGAGCCCGAGAAUUCAAGCUCUUCCAGCUUCGCAGAUGGUAGCGGUUCAAGUGGGAGGCCCAGCGGGAUGACCUUCUUUGCUCAGAGAACAUUGACUUGGCGGUCUUUCACUUGA